UACCGGAUCCCCCCACCACCCCUGUGUGCUGCCGCGCUUCUCUCGGAGCCCUGCCUCCUGCACUGCCGCCUCCCCACCUUCACGAGCUCACUUCUGCUGCUCCAUUCCACGCUCCCCCGCGCUGGACUGGAGCCGAGCUGAGCGCACGCUCUCGCACACCACUCCCAUUCCCACCGACCAUAUCGCCCUUGCUUCGCUAAGCAUCCUAGAUCUCCAUUCCCGCUCAUGGGGUGCUUCCAGUCCAAGGUGGCGGGCCCCCUGCCGCCCAAGGACGCCGCCGCGCUCCCCGCCGACAAGCCUGCAGAUCCCGAGGCGGCGAACGGCGGCCCCGACGGGGGAGGCGACGGCGACGACAAGGAGGCGGUGAAGCGCGCGGUGCCCGUGUUCAGGGAGUUCGCGCUCGCCGAGCUGCGCGCCGCCACCAAGGGGUUCAGCGCCGACCUCAUCGUCUCCGAGAGCGGCGAGAAGGCGCCCAACGCCGUCUACCGCGGCCGGCUCGACGGCGGCCGGCUCAUCGCCGUCAAGCGCUUCUCGCGCCUCUCCUGGCCUGACCCGCAGCAGUUCCUCGCGGAGGCGGCGGGCGUGGGGAAGGUGCGGCACAAGCGCCUCGUCAACCUCAUUGGUUGCUGCGCAGAGGGUGACGAGAGGCUGCUCGUCGCCGAGUACAUGCCCAACGACACCCUGUCCAAGCAUCUCUUCCACUGGGAUAAGCAGCCGUUACCAUGGGAAAUGAGGCUGAGGGUUGCAUAUUUCAUUGCGCAAGCUCUCGACCAUUGCAAUGCCGAGAACAGGAAAAUCUAUCAUGAUUUGAAUGCUUAUAGAGUACUUUUUGACGAGGAAGGUGAUCCCCGCUUGUCAAGUUUUGGAUUAAUGAAGAACAGCCGUGAUGGAAAAAGUUAUAGUACUAACCUGGCUUACACUCCACCAGAGUUUCUGCGAACUGGCAGAGUAAUUCCCGAGAGUGUGAUAUAUAGCUAUGGAACUGUCCUGUUGGAUCUUUUGAGCGGAAAACACAUUCCUCCUAGUCAUGCCCUAGAUUUAAUAAGGGGAAAGAAUAUACUGUUGCUGAUGGAUUCCUCCUUAGAAGGCCAGUAUGCUAAUGAAGAUGCUUCGAAAUUGGUUGAUCUUGCAUCAAAGUGUCUGCAAUUUGAAUCUAGGGAUAGACCAAACAUAAAGUAUCUUUUGUCGUCUGUUGGUCCUCUUCAGAAGCAAAAGGAGGUUGCAUCACAUGUGUUCAUGGGUAUUACAAAAGCUACAUCAGUACUGCCAACCAUUUAUUCUCCACUUGGGAAGGCCUGUGCUGGUAUGGAUCUUUCGGCGGUGCAUGAUAUUUUGCUCAAAACAGGUUAUAAAGAUGAUGAGGGUGCAGAAAACGAGUUAUCCUUUCAAGAAUGGACCCAGCAAGUGCAAGAGAUGCUGAACACAAAGAAGUUUGGGGACAUUGCGUUUAGAGAUAAGGAUUUUAAGACUGCAAUUGACUACUACUCCAAGCUAGUGGCAAUGAUGUCAACGCCUUCAGCUACAGUUUUUGCUAGGCGCAGUUUUUCCUACUUGAUGAAUGGGCAAGCAGAACUUGCUCUACGGGACGCUAUGCAGGCUCAGGUCUGCAUGCCUGAGUGGCCUACAGCCUUCUACCUCCAAGCCCUUGCUCUUUCAAAGCUCGGCAUGGAAACCGAUGCGCAGGACAUGCUCAACGAUGGAGCCACAUUUGAGGCCAAGAAGCAAAACGGCUGGCGUAGUUAGGAAACAAAGUCUCCCAACUACUCCGUGUUGUUGCCCUUUUAGAAAAAGGUACAAUGGCGAGUGUCCUCCAAAUCAGUUCACUGGGACGUCAGUUGCACUACUAGGAGUGGGAUUGAAAUGCACUGUUUUAUCGUGCAAUCUCCGCCCGAAUGUCGAUAACGAGUGGCGGUGUUAUGAUCAGGAGUGGAAGAAUAGGUCAGGGGCUUUGAACGCAUAGCAUACUCUUCCAUGAGUUGCUCUUUGUUUUGCGAGUGUUGGUGGCAGGAUCUGCUGAUUAUUUGCAACUGCAGUUGUAAUUAAAGGGAUGCUUUCUAACAAUUUCUCCUCUUGGUUUACGUGGAAUCUUUAGGCCCCAGAGGACAUGAGUGGUGUGCAAAAAAGCCGGGUUCAUUGUGAUUAGCUACGGAGAAUAAACUAGAGCCAUCGGAAAUCCAUUCGAUUCUACCAUAUUUA